AUGGGACGGAAAAUCCCUGCUAAAAAACACCGAGGAGUUAAAGAUCCUUUAAUACAGCAAGCUAGACGAUUACAAAGUUUAAAAGGCAAAAUCAACGCUCCUCCCAAGGAUCCCGAUGAACAACCGGUGCCCCGCUCACUCACGGAACUAUUCGCGUUUCAAAAUAAAGACCAAGAUGUAGUAAAAAAAAAGAAAAAGCACAAUAGUUCUACAAAUGCAUCAGCAAAAACAAGUGCAGGAAGAAAUCCCAUCUCCAAACUGAAACAGUUGCCGGGUGAGACAGGUCGGGGGUUCUCUCUUCGUAUCAACAGUGCCAUCCGUGCUCUGAAUGAACCAACAGAACACUUGGACUACCCUAUGUUACAGGAGGAGGACCGCGAGGACGGCAGAGGAGCGCUCAUGGAAAACUGGAGAGAGAGAAGGAGACAGAAGAAGGAGAAGAGAGUUGGAGAACAGCAGCAGGAGCCGAGACUGGGCCGGGUACAGAGACUUGCGGCGAAGAAACAGGAACAGAAGAAGGCUAAGGAGGAGGCGGCCCGGCCGGAGCUGGUGUAUGAACGAGUGACGUUCGGGGAAGUGACGCACGCACCGCCUGCCCUGCCGCCGCCCAGACACGGGAAGACGACGGACGGAGCACAGAGACCCGGCAGACGACAACUACUACUGACAGGGAUACUGACGGGCGGAGGGGGAGGGGCUGGGGGAGGGGCGGAGAUAAGGGAGAAGGAGAGGAGGGAGCGGGCGAGACUGGACGUGGUGGCCGCGUACAGGAGCAUCAAGAAACAGAGGAGACUGGAGGAGAAGGAGACGCGGACACGAGGCAGGAAGAGAGACACGUGA